AUGCAUGUGACCUUCACUCAGGAAGAGUGGGCUUUGCUGGAUCUUUCCCAGAAGAAGCUCUACAAAGAUGUCAUGCUGGAGACCUACAGGAACCUCAGUGCUAUAGGCGUGAAAGAAGUCAGAGUGCAGAGAAACCCUCUGAAUGUACUCAAUAUGGUAAAGCCUUUGCUUUACAUGCUUACAGUCAUGCUGAAAGGCAUGAAAGGAUUCAUACAGAAAAGAACCCCUAUGAAGUGA